AUGUUACUGAGAGGAAAAUCCAAAGAACGAACCGACCGCCAAGUCACUCCGCCUGGACCAUCAUAUAUGUCAAAUGAUCAAUUUGCGGACUACUUAGCAGAUUUAAGAAACAAUCGUGUCGCACGACCGAGUGGUGCAAGACCUCCCCCUCCAAGUAAACGCCGACAAUCGAAUUCAGUAUCGUUAGCAUCAUCAGCUAGCACCCCGCAGACCACCAAUGCCCCACCAGAGACCCCAGCUUCUGUAGAUCUUCCACCGCGGCCCGGAAGUUCAUUUUCUCGCAGACCAACCCGAAACUCAAUCGGAUCAUAUUCCUCAGUGAGCUCUAGGGCAGGUCGAUCACUUGUUCAGCCACCGCCUCAAGAACCUCCUCUCAAACCCUCUGAAGUCGUACCCAGUGCUACAUAUAUUGAAAGAGGUCUAAGAUGGAUGGAAAAGGAGGAAGCAGUGUCUUUACGGGAGGCCAUGGAGGAUAUGGAUAUAAAAGAAGAGCACGGUGACGAAGUGCGGAUCCAUAAUGCCGCGCAAGAAGAAGCAUCCGAAUUAGUCUAUACGCAUCAGUUUGGGGAGAAGUUCAAGAACCCCGACGCGCCAUAUCGAUAUAAAGACCAUUUGAGGAAGAACAGUUACGCACAUGCGAGGACCCAGAGCAUUGGAAAAAACGGAGGCAUUGUUAUGGCUACAGGACUUGCUAGGGAUACGGCCCCAAAGGUGGACUCAAUUGGUAGCGAUGAGGAAGGACAAGAAAGGUCUGGAAAUUCAAAGCCUUCUUUCCCCAUCAAGGGCGGUGUUACCCCAGAACGAACGUUGCGCGGAUCUCUAGAUACUAGUCGAGAUGCAAUAUCUCAACAAGCAACUACCAAAACCUAUGGCGGUGUUAGCCAACUACAGAACGGGAGAAGAAUGGCUGGUGGUGGUAAGAGAAAUAUUAGUGGCGAGGUCAAAGGCAGCUUUACUGGUGAACAAAUAUGGGAAGAGCCCGAACAAGAGACCAUGAACAAUCUCGAUCGUGGCCGGCCUUCAGAAGGUCGCCCAGCCUCUGCUUUACAAUCCAAACCCCGAAACCCUCUUAAUCGUGUUCAAUUUUCGGGCGAUGCUCCACGAUCGAAUAGUACUCCCCCUGAAAUUACCAAGAAGCUGUCCAGCACCGAGAUCUACAAAAACCCGCCAACGCAGUCAAGAAAUCCUGCAUAUACUGCAAACUCGUCUCCAGCAAUUGAACCAGAACCUGAGAAGGAAGAGGCCCCAAAGAAGAACGGUGUUGAGAUCCGAGGUGAUGAUAUACGUCAAGCGACAAGUAUGCGUCUUGGUGAUCGCAGUCCAAAACUCCCCACACCCACUGCAGUCAGUGAUAAACCUGGCCGACCAAUUGUAAGCUUUGAUAAGAAUUGGAGGCCGCAUGAGGCUGAUGACAAGCCAGAAGUGCGAAGAAGAUCGCCGUUCGAUCGCCGGCCAAAUAGCCAAAAGCAAAGCUUGCCUAUUCGACCAGGUCCGACGCCUAUCGCAUCAAACAAGGAUUCUAGUGCACCGUCCCAAGUGAGCUUUCCCAUGCCCAGUAUAAGUGUCUCGGAAUCAACACCGUCAGUCCCUUCUAUAAACUUUCCUGAUACCCCUCAAAUUUCCGUUUCGGCUCCUAGAGUUCCCACAAUCAUUGAACCAGGAUCAAGCCCAACCAAGCCAGCACCUGCUGUACCAACGAUAAAUAUUCCAACUAUCAACGAGCCAGUACUUCAUUCCACGCCCCAGAUUCCGAAUAUUUCGGAGCCCGGAUCUUCGCAAUCAAAAGCAAGGCCACUUCCAGAUCCGAAGACUGCCUCAAAACGUCCCAACCCACGACAAGCCCCAACGCCAGUUCCUCGAGGCCACUGGUCUCCUGCAGUAGGCAGUCGAGCCACCGCAACCUGUCACCAAUGUCAAUUGCCAAUCGAAGGGAAAGUAGUAGCCCUUCGUGGUGUACCAGAGCGAUUCCACCCGGAAUGCUUUAUCUGUUUCACAUGUGGUACCGCUCUACAAGACCUCGAAAUUAGUCCCGAACCCGCCGUCUCUCGCGCGGCACGUCUCGAUCGUAUCAAAUGUCGUGCUCAAGGAGAAACAAUUCCCGAUACCGAAGGCGAAACAGAAGCUGAAGAUGGAGAUGCUAGACUUCGCUUCUAUUGCCACCUCGACUGGCAUGAACUUUAUGCUCCUAGCUGUAAACAUUGCAAAACCCCCAUCAUCGGUGAACAUGCCGUUGCACUUGGCGAGCACUGGCACUACGGCCAUUUCUUCUGCGCCGAGUGCGGAGAUCCUUUCGAACAAGGAAUGACGCAUAUCGAAAAAGAUGGAUAUGCCUGGUGUCUCCCAUGUCAAACCAAACGCACAGAACGGAAAGCCCCGAAAUGUAAAAGAUGCAAAAAGGCGGUUUUAGGCCAGUAUGUACAAGCGCUGGGUGGCGAAUGGCAUGAUGAAUGCUUUAGAUGUGGGCAUUGCGCGGGUGGAUUUGAUGAUGGGCAGAUUUUCCCUUGCCAGAGGGGAGAUAAGGGGGAGGGUGGUGAGGUUAUUGUGCUUUGUACGGGAUGUAUGGAGAAGGAAUUGAAGCAAUGA